GAUGACAAAAACUACCAAAAUCCAAUUUGGAGGAGGAAUCCAAUUCCAACAACACCACCUCCUCCCCAAGCCCCAAUGGCCGCCUUUUCCCUCCAAACCUCCUCCUCCUCCUCCUCCGGCAUUGCCCGUCUCAGUUUCGAAACCCGCAUCCCCGGAUCCAAUUUGGGUGCAGACCCGAAAUCCGUUUAUUUUCCUUGUCAGCCUCGUGUGCUUCCUCUUAAGCAUCGCUGCAACAGUCAGAGUAAAUCAAGAGGAGGAGUGGUGAUGGCAGCGGCAGCGAGUGGGAAUGACCAGAGCCAAGUGGAAGUUGACGUUUCUCUGAGCCCACGAGUCAACUCCGUCAAGCCUUCCAAGACUGUUGCCAUUACUGACCAGGCCACGGCUCUCGUGCAAGCCGGAGUGCCCGUCAUUCGAUUGGCUGCCGGUGAACCUGAUUUCGAUACCCCUUCCGUCAUAGCUGAGGCCGGUAUUAAUGCGAUUCGUGAAGGAUUCACGAGGUACACACCAAAUGCAGGAACUUUGGAGCUGCGCCAAGCAAUUUGUCAUAAGCUCAAAGAGGAGAAUGGGAUAACUUACACACCGGAUCAGAUCCUAGUUAGCAAUGGAGCCAAGCAGAGCAUCGUUCAAGCUGUGCUUGCAGUUUGUUCCCCAGGAGACGAGGUUAUAAUUCCAGCUCCAUUUUGGGUGAGUUACACUGAAAUGGCAGGGCUGGCUGAUGCAACUCCUGUGAUUCUUCCAACGAGCAUCUCCAAUGAUUUUCUCUUGGAUCCAAAACUUCUCGAAUCCAAACUCACGGAGAAGUCAAGACUGUUGAUUCUUUGUUCUCCAUCCAACCCCACAGGGUCUGUUUACCCCAAGAGUUUGCUUCAAGAGAUUGCUAAGAUUGUAGCAAAGCAUCCCAGGCUUUUGGUUAUUUCUGAUGAAACAUAUGAACACAUAAUUUUCGCACCGGCAACUCACACAAGCUUUGCAUCCUUGCCAGGCAUGUGGGAGAGGACUCUGACAGUCAAUGGCUUUUCCAAGGCUUUUGCAAUGACUGGUUGGCGACUUGGAUAUAUUGCCGGGCCUAAACACUUUGUUACGGCAUGUGGAACGCUCCAGAGUCAGUUCACCUCAGGUGCCAGUAGUAUAUCACAGAAAGCAGGAGUUGCCGCCUUAGGUCUCGGUUAUGCUGGUGGAGAGGCAGUUGCUACUAUGGUUAAAGCAUUCAGGGAGCGACGGGAUUUCAUGGUCAAAAGCUUUGGCGAACUUUCAGGCGUCAGGAUUUCAGAACCCAGGGGAGCUUUCUAUCUCUUCAUAAAUUUCAGUGCUUACUAUGGAAUGGAGGCUAAAGGAUUUGGUAAAAUUGAGAAUUCAGAGUCCUUAUGCCGUUACCUACUUGACAAGGGCCAGGUUGCGCUAGUACCAGGAGAUGCGUUUGGAGAUGAUACGUGCAUACGAAUCUCCUAUGCAGCAUCCCUUCCCACCCUACAGGCAGCUGUGGAGAGAAUUAAGAAAGCACUUGUUGAACUAAAGCCCUCAGUCGGUGUUUAACGAAAACUAAAAUGUUUCCGGUAUUGCCACUGUUCUACAUGUUGUAACUCUGUAUUCUACUAUCUGUUUCGAAGUUAUGCAUAAGUUGGUCACGUCGGGGACGUCUAAAAUAAUUCUUCCGGCGUUGUAUUUAAUAGUAAUGUAAACACAGGCGUGUUUGUUUCGUUGAAUGGGAUUUCAAGAAUUCGAAACUCA